UGAGCAUUUUCUGGUCACUGAUUGGCUGGUUCAGUUUCACCCUUCACGCGAUAAUUUUCCGUCACACUGUUGAGGUAGGUAGCUAAUCAUUCAAUCAGCCUCAUUAGCCUCCAGACCAGGAGCAAUUCGCUUCGUUACCCUGCGUUGCUUAAUUGAUUAUUAGUACUAAGUUUCUUGGUUUUGACCGUUGCAAUGGACGAAGACUGUGAUCAAGCUGAAGAUUUUGACUGUCCAAGCCUUCUGUGUGAGGAACUGGCAGGAGAGGAGACUGACCGAGAAGACGUGGAGGGGGAGGAGGUGAAUGAAAAGAAUGUUGUGUCAGAAAAGGAAGUGGUAAUGACAGAGGGAGAAGAAGAGGAGCAGGUAAAGCCAGAGAGUAGGCUGGAAGCGGAAGAGGCACAGGGGGUGCAGAUGGAAGACAAGAUUGAUAACAAAAAGCAAACAAUUGCUGAUAAGCAACAGGACAGAGAAACACAAAGUCUAGCAGAGAAAGAUGAGAAGAAAAAGAGUAAGAAGAAGCGAGGUAAGAAGCAAAGUGAGCGAGUGAGAAACAAGAGAGGUUUAAAAGCUGUGAGUGAGUUGCGGUUUGAGGAGAAAAAGGAAAGUCAGAUACAGGAGGUGUCAGCGAUGAGCUCAGAGGAGAGCUCGGCUCUUUCGGAGCCUUCCAUUGGACUGAUGAACAGCUGCGACCUGUCUGAUCCUGUCUACCUUGGUUCUGGGGGUACAGGGCUGUAUUGCCCUUCAGCUCCUCUUCCCCUGCUGUGCUCCUCACAACCUCCAGUCCCGAUCCAACCUGCACCUCCUCAGUCUCACGGGACAAAAAGGCAUCACAGUCCCCCCCAGCAGGGCCCACAGCCUCUAGAGAUGGAGAUAACGCAGAUCUACUCCACUCGACGCUCUGUGCGGUACAGCACCAGGGGUCGAGGCCGGACUCUGAGCUUACCUCUGCUGCCGGGAUUAGAAACCGUGGACAGCUGUCUACUUCAGCCUGCGCCGAAAAAGAAAACACGAACACUCUACAGUACUGAUCAGUUAGAGCAUUUAGAGGCCUUGUUCCAGGAAGACCACUAUCCUGAUGCAGAGAAGAGGAAAGUCAUUGCAGCUUCAGUUGGCGUCACACCUCAAAGAAUUAUGGUCUGGUUUCAGAACCGCAGGGCUAAGUGGAGAAAAGUGGAGCGCUCCAUCACGGCAAAGACUAGACCUGGAUGCAGCAGCAGCAGCCCCCCCCAUCACCAAAUCAAUCCCAACCUUGCACCCAACAGUUUUUCUAGUCAGUUUGGCACCAAGCUGCCCCAGAUCGCCCCUGCAGCACCCUUCACAACCUUGUCCAACCAAACUCCACCCUCUUACAGCAAUCUGCUGGCUAGCCUCAACAGCCCAAGUCAAUCCAGAGCGAGAGAUGUGGGCCAGCACCAGCUUUCAUCUCAGGGGGGAUACCACCCCCGGCCCAUGUACAGCCCUCCCCCCCUGCGGAGAGCCAGUCUUCCCCUUUUCACAAUGACCUACAACCAUUCCAACCCCACUCCACCUCUCCUUAACACCCUGGCUCACACGUCACCUCUGUUUCUGGAUGCUUUGGAGGGUGGCUCUGCCAUGGCCCAUCGUGACACCCAAUCUCUGCAGACUGACACCAGUUCUCUAUUUGACUUUGGGGAGAAGCUAGACUACAUGACCUCAGGCCAGCAGAACAACCCUCUCUCCUACCAGCUCCAGACCUCCUACCCCACCAGCCAGUCCCAGCACCAACCUCAAGGAUCUCUGCCCCGCGUGGCCUACCUCACCCCGUCCCCUUACCUCACACCCAACCCUCCAGAUUCCAACCCUACCUCCUACCUGACCUUUGGUCCUGGGGGGAACUCCACUGGGAUGGUGACCUACUCCACUGGAGGCCACCCUUACUUCCAGUCCCAGAGCGCAGGACAAAUCCUGCUGCAGUCGGCCGGUCAUAAUGGUGGGAUCACAGCAUACCAUUCGUACCCGUGGAGUAGCAUGUACACUCAACCAGCCAUCCACCAGCGUACUCCGUGCCCUCCAACUUACCCUAGCAGCUUGGGAAGUGUUCGAGAUUACCAGCCACCCUCCUCCACCACCCUGCCUCCACCUUCAUUCUUUACCCGGGGGGACCACGGGCCCUCAGGUGCAAGCUCCCAGCACUCAUCACACAACCGAACACACACCGCCAGCAGCAGCAGCAACAGCAGUAUCACCGUCCUCCCUCCUGUGUCCACCCUGCGGCCUUCUCUCAGAGCGGAGAUAACUCCAACCAAGGCUGCAUCCCUGCUGCCUUCUCAGGUCAGCCCUGCCUCUCCAGACAGCUCUCCAGUGCCCCCUUGUGUCAAGACUGAGUAUGACAGCCCUCGAGAGAUUCAGAGUCAUUUUCACUGCGACUUUUCCCCUAUACACUUUUGACUCCUGUUUGUGUGAGAGAGUGGGUUUGAAGUAUCAUUGUUAACAUACCCUGUGUAAGUGUGAGUAAUUCAGUAUUUUCAAUUUGUAUUACUACUAGGA